CUUAUGUAACAAAGAAAAAUUCGUCCCUAUGUAUGGCAAUGGUAUUUAGGUAAUCAUUGUAUGUACACCAUUCUUAUACAGGAAAAAGCCAAGCACCUAUUUGGCGCUUGUUUUUAAACCUGUGUUUCAAACAUGAACGACGAUGAUUGAAAUCUAGCAUUUUAGUAAGAUUUUCCCUUCCCUUUUUAUUUGCAUUGGUCAUGCAUAGACGUACGAGUACUAUGCAUUGGCUCAAUAAACAACCAGCGAUUUCAAAAUUAAUACCGGAAGCGACUUUCGCCUAUUUUCAAAUAUGUUUACCAAAUAUAAUAAAUAAUGUUAUUGCUAAACAAGAAUAUAUUGGAUCAUCCAAGAUAGCGAAUCAUAUUAAAAACAUCGUCAAUUACAAUGUAACCGAUGGUAAGCACCUGCGAAGUUCUCUAACUCUACAUUCAUAUUUAACUGUAGCGGAUAAUGUUAAGGAGCAUGAUUUGUAUCAGGCUUGUGUAUUAGCUUGGGCGGCUGAUAUGGUACAAGCUUGUUUCAUUAUAUCGGACGAUAUAAUAGACAAAGCGACUACGCGACGAGGCAAACCCUGCUGGUACCUCAUUCCGAAUGUGGGGAUGCGUGCCAUCAACGAUAUCAUGCUGAUUAGAAAUUUAAUUCAUGAAGUACUCAAUGUUACUUUCGAAGAUCAGUCUUCAGUCAAUGACGUUGGCUUAUUAUUUAACAAGGCAUUUUUAAUGACAGCUAUUGGACAACAUCUAGAUAACGAGGCAUCUCAGAUUACCGACCGCAACUACUCACAUUUUACAAUGGAAACUUACGAGAGAAUAAUUAAAUAUAAAACUUCAUAUUACAGUAUUCAGUUGCCAGUAUUACUAGGGUUAUAUUUGGCUGAAAAAACUGACAUUAAAUCUCAUGAAUAUGUGGAGAGUAUGUGCAGUGAUUUAGCACUGUUAUAUCAAAUGCAGGAUGAUUACUUCGACUGCUUUACAGAAGAAAAUCAAGACAUCGGGAAAUCAAAUACCGAUAUUCAGAACGCUAAAUGCUCCUGGCUGGCCGUUAAAGCGCUGCAGCGCUGUAGUCCACCCCAGAAAAUUGUAUUCAAAUCGUGCUAUGGCAGUCCAGAGAUAGCGCACAUCGAGCGCAUUCAGCAGCUUUAUAAAAAGUUACAGUUGCCCCAAAUUUAUAAAGAUGAAGAAAAGGCCCUUUAUGACAGAAUAUCGCAGAGGGCAAUAGCGUCGAAAGAUAUUUUGACUCCGAAAUUAUUUAUUGAUUAUUUAAAUGUUAUUUACAAGAGGAAGUUAUAAAAUAGCGCUUGAUAAAAAAUGUGAAAUAUAAUAAAUUUAGUACAUAUUUUAAGACUAUCGAUAUAUGUUCGUAUAUUUUAAGCAAAUAUAUAUUAAGUUACAUAAAUGUAUUUAAAUUAACUAAGUAAAGGUACAAAUCAAUAUUGAAUGAAACUCAAAAUAUAUGCUAUCAUAUUAUAUUCCAAAAAUAUAAUGUUAUACAUACAUUGCUUCUAUACCGAGUUACAUAAGGGCAGUAACACUGACCCUUUAAUGACAGUACUUAAUCAUAAAUACCCUAUGACUGAAUCCACAACAUGCUAUGGUAUAGGAGAGGAAGGUACACAUGCAAGUUUGUACCAAGUGAGAUGAUUGCUUAAAAACACUAACACACACAUUCCGAUCAGAUAGUAGAGGUAUGUUUAUUUAAAUAUUGUAAUUUCAAUCUUCUAUGUCGAGUUCAUGCUCAUAACCAUCUCAUUCUUUAUAUUGAUUUGUAUUAAUAGUACACAAUAUACCUACCAUAAGAGUAAAUUGAAUUAUAUUUUUUUAGCUAAAAUGUUUUAUUUAUAAAGACUUGGGUAGUACAAAACUUGUUCCAGUUUUUAUGAUUGUAGCAUAUUGUAAGACAAAUAAAUAAUGUAAGUAUA